AUGUUGAGAGAAAAGCCCGAUUGGGUACACGUCGAAGCAAUCUUGAUCGAGGAGCCGAUGCUGGACGACCUCCUCAGGUCCAGAAUUCCAAUUCCGGCCCACUUCAGACCAUCCAUGCCCGUACAUUCUUGGAUGCAAAUUGGGGUGGACUAUGAGAUCGAGCCCCAGAUUGAGUUGCCUUUACCUCGGUCACCCAUGUCGGCCUAUCUCGGUAGAGCCGUGCAACUUGCCAAACUCAACCUUGCUGCUGAUACCCUGGGAAAUCUUCAACAUGGGCCCCCGGUGUCAACGGUCAUCAUUCCGUUCAUGGUUGCAGCUGAUCCAGGUCUGCUUUGCGAAGAUGACAUGGAGCUUGACGACAGCAAUGACCCCAGCGCGUUCGACUGGUUGGAUGAGUCUACAUGGACUUCAGCUGCAAACCCGCGGCCUCCGGGUCGCGAAACAAAGCUGAUCAUGCUGAACUACUGA